AUGGGCAAGAAGAAAACCGCAGUGUUUCGUGACGCAAAGGCCAAAAGCGCCGAUCCUCGACAAGGCGAUAAGAUCAAGGCCAUUCGUACUUGGGACGAUAUCGAGCACGAUUCCGAAGAUGAAUUUCACGAGGAACGUGGAAAUAUCCUUCUCGAGAACGAUCGCAAUGCUCAAGAUGAUUACGAUUUGAGCGAAGAGGAAGUGUACGGAUUGGAAGGUCUUGACUCUGAAGAGGAAGAAGAACAAGAAUUGUCAGAUGACGAGAUUAUCGGCGGCGAUCAAGAAGAAGAGGCCGAAGUAGAAGACAAAACAUGGGGUCGAUCAAAGAAGGCUUACUACAACGCCGAUGAAGGCUCGGAUCUGGAUGAGAUGCAAGAAGAGGAAGCAGAGGCACUUCGAAUUCAAAAGGAGCGUUUGAAUGCAAUGGACGAAGCUGAUUUUAUGGAUGAUACCAUGGCCGGAUGGGGUGCGGGUGCUGAUCAAGAUGCCGAAGCCGACCGAAAGUUGGUAGAAGACGUUAAUAAGGAUUUGGACGAUAUUAACUUUGACGUCAUCAAAACGGAAAAGCGACGAAAGAACUUACCGGUCGCUGAAAAGAUUAAAAUCUUGCAGAAUGAAUCUCCUGAAUUACUGGAUUUAUUGAACGAGUUCAAGUUGAAAUCGGAAAUCUGCAAGUCAUUGGAAGAUACCAUUACAAAGAUUAAAGCUCAUGAACAACAAGAUUCACUGGAAGCGCAAUUCAUCCUGUUCAAAAAUCAUAUCAUGAUGGUCUAUUUGACAAACGUAUCAUUCUACUUUGUGUUGAAAGCAUCCGAUGUUCGAGAUGUGCGUGGCCAUCCUGUGAUUCAGGCAUUAGUGGAGUUACGCAUGACGCUGGAUAAGUUGGAAAAGGUGGAAAAGAAGCUUGGAUCACGACUAGAUGAUUUCAUUGCUACUCUUGACGCGCCCGCUAUCGAUAAAACCGAGGUUAUCCCUGAGCCAUCAAAGCAACGGACCAAGAAAUCUAAAAAGACACAGCCGUCAGCAGCGGCAGCGGUAUCCUACAGCGAUGACGAGGACGAUUUGCUCGAUUUGGAGGAAGAAGCAGCUGAAGACGCUUCAAGCGCUGUUCUCGAUAUCGAAGAAGAGUUCAAGAGUCUGAAGAAGGCGGCCAAAGCAGGCAAGAAAAGAAAGCGGGCCUUUGCUGAUGACUUUGGCGAACUGGAUGCACUGGAUAUGGUGGAUAUGGAAGAUAAGAUUGCUAAGAAGCGAUCCAUUCGAGACUAUGUCGCUAAAAUUGAUGCCAAACAAGCCAAAUUGCAAUCUAAAUACCACGGCGAUUCUGAUCUGCCGUAUCGCGAGCGUCAACCACGAGAGAAGAAGGGCGUUCCUCAGCCAAAGGAUACAUCGGCUGAUUUGGACGAAGCUGACUGGGAUGAAGCCGAUGAAAUGGUGGCUGCCGAUAUUGACCGAGUAGGAAGCAACGAUGACGACGGUGACGAUUACUAUAAUCAGGUAGCAUCCACGAAAUCGGAGCGCAAAGCAGCCAAGAAGGAGCAGUAUGAAGCCGAGCGCACGCCAGUCAUGGAUAGCGACUACAAGGUGGAAGAUGGCGAGAAACGUCUUGCGAGCUAUCAGAUCCUCAAGAACAAGGGUCUUACACCGCAUCGCAAGAAGGAGAACCGCAACGCGCGUGUCAAGCAUCGCAACCGAUACGAAUCGAGACUCAAGAAACUGUCUUCUGUCCGACAAGUGGUCAAACCUUUGCAAGGCAAUUAUGGUGGCGAAACCACAGGUAUCAAGACCAAUGUGGCUCGCAGUGUAAAGUUUUAG